CUAGGUCGUAAAAAAGGAGCGACUCCUUGCGGUCAAUUAGUAAGUUAUAAUUAUGUGUAAACCUCGCCCCUCGGUAGGUAUGCAUUAUUAAACAGAUGUAAUGAUUGUUUGAUGAGCGAAGAUGAGCUUCGUAAUUGUUAUUCAAAUUUAGCCUACAGCAUUUGUCAAUCGAUUUUGUAUAGAAAAACAUUAGGAUCUGAACACGUAACGUUUUCUUACGUACUUCUCAGUAAACAAAGUUGUUUCGAAAGACAAUAAUAAUUCCCUAAUAUAGGUUAAAUUCGUUAAUUUUUGCACAUUUAAAUGAACAAAAGUUUAUAUCUUUCUGGAGAUGUAUAUGAGUUAUAUUGUGAAGUUAACUCAAUUGGCUCCAGUGCGCGCGCGGCGAAACUGAAUAAAAUGAACGUACAGACUAUACAGUAUACACACUACUUACAGUACGUGUAUAGUGUGGGCGCAGCUGACGAUAUGAAGGCGUAGUGGCAGACGACGCAGGGAGAAUGGAGGAAAAUCUUGCUGCCAAGUUAUGUUUACUCUUGGGUGAUCGGGCCAGCGAAGCUGUACAAUGGAAACUUCUUGGUCAAGAGAAAGAUGGAUCUUUGUUGCUCGGAUGGGUAGAAAAUGUAUCUUCCAAGGGACAUGAUAAUUCAUAUUCUGUCAUUGGUCGUUAUGAUCGACUUAAAGGAGAUUUGCAGGUCUUACAUAGAUUUUCAAAAGUACUUAAUCUCAUUCAAGCUACGGUAAACCAAUGCCAUUCUUUACUGGGAUAUGUUACAAAGCAAAAAUUUUAUUUGAAUUUGGAUGAAAGCAACAAAAAUGUAUCCAUUGAUUGUGAGAAAUCAACAAAAGAUGACGACAAUGAAAUGCUACAUCAACAAUUUUCAAAUCAAGAGCUUGAGUAUUAUCAAGCUUAUAUCAUUGAAUUCAAGACUGAAGAAGCAAAGAUACAUGCUUUAGAAAGUCACAAAUUAAAACAAGUUAGAAUACAGUUUUUGUACAAAGAGCGAUCUUCAAAAUCUUUAGACAAACUUUUAGUUCUAGUGCAUCAAGAAUAUGUACAAAUGCACACAAUUUUGUAUGAUACUAAUUCAGAUAUUGAUACGAUAAAAGGAAUUAAAUCUGAAAUUCUAGUAAAAAGUUUUAUAUGGGCUCAGUGGGAUGCCACAAAUCAAGUACUCUAUCAUAUACAUCAUAAGAAAGCACAAACCAGUGUAUUCACCGAUGAUGCUAUUGAAAAACCACAUAAACCACCUUGUGCAACACCUACUUUAAGUGGGUUGCAAUUCCACGAUGAUCUCCCUCAUGAAACUGUGCUAAACAUUCCAUUAAAUUUGCCUCAGUCUCCAAGUUCUGACAAUUGUGGCACUUAUGAGGAUGAUGUGAUACCAUUAAGAAUCCAUGACUGUUCUCUAGAUCUCAUAGUAAUUUCAGAUUAUAAGGGUGCUGUUUGUGUUUGCCAUCAUUACUUAUAUCGACCAGUGCAGCCACCGCAGCAUGUACUGGAUUCAGCUCUCAGUGAUUCAAACACUGUACACUUUGCUUACUCUGUAACAGUACUUCAUCAUAGCUGUGUUAUACAUUGUGUAGUACCUGGUAUACCUUGGACUCGUGCCAAACUCAUGAGACCAACAUUUGCUCUGUAUGGAGAUAGUCACAUGGUUGUGUUUGUUCGAGAUUUUUUUACCCACUUAUUGGAAAUUGGACUCCACCACCAACCUUGCUGCCACAUUCUAAGCGGGCCGCUUACAAACGUUCCUUUACACUCUUCCUACCUCGUACCUCUACUUAAUUUAAAUUACUCCAGUGAUGCAAAAACCAAAUACUCAGUGAAUGCUGAAGCUAAAAUUAGUUUAAAUAGCAACAGUACUAAUAUUCUGACAAUAGAUUUGCCAACUUUAGAUCUAGUUACUCUAACAGUGCCCACGACCUUUCUCGUUGACGUCUUUAAGAAGGAAACCUCGACAGAAGUUCGUCUGGGCAUCCUACACUAUUUCUUGUGUCAUAAGAAUGACUUGGAGAUAGUUGCCGAGCUUAUAUCAUCUGUUGCCGAGAAACCUCGAUCACUCGACAUUGUAAAGAUAAUGCAAGAGUUUCUGAUCGGUGGUUCGAACUCGUUAGUGCAAAAGAACUUGCUCUCAGAUGCUGUACCACUGCUGGCUUUGGUACCCGUCACCACGAUGGAAGAAGGCUCUGGUUUCGAAGCCAAAAUUAACGACUUCAACGUAACUCUAAGUCACGAGAAGCUCUGGAAUACAUCGGUGAUGUUGCUGUCUCCACAGCAGAGACUCGUGCCAUACCGAAGCGACUUGUGGACAAGACUUUGGGAUCUUUUAAGCAAAAGAAGCGACGAGCUGCCCAGAUUCAAACCUAGUCAUAUUGCUGAAAAGCUGCUAGUUUCCUUAGCUUGUUAUCAGCCCGAAGCGCUGUCCCGAUGUAGUACACCGAUGUCACCAAGUGGAGGUUUCUCUGUUACUACAGCAACUUUAGGCGAGCUGAUGAGUAGCCGUUACAAGUACAGCGAUGGUCUCCCUUUUAUCGAGACAGAGAGUUGCACUGCUUCCAAACAAGAGCACAUCGUAUCGGUGAACUUGCGUGAGUUAUCGUUGCAUCUACUCAAGUACGGUACUCAAAAUGCUCUAGGAAGAACCGUCAGGGGAUCCUGUACGCCGUUACAGGUGCAUGCCCUCUCGACAAGACACGUAGCCUCACAGCUUGAGACCUCGAGGUUGCUGUGUCAAAUGCUGUGCAAGGCAGCUAACGUCGAUGCAAGAGUCGAGCCAGAGCGAGGCUUCUGUCUAAUAGAUCAAUUAGAGGAUUCAAGGCGGUGGCUGUUGUUUACUCUCUUAGAAAGAUAUCGUUAUGCGACUGAAAGUAUUGCAUUCCCUGUUCCUCAAGGCUUCAUGUCAUUUUUUACUUACUUAGGAUACCGAACCCUAAAAUAUUCAAAGUUCUUACAGUAUGUACGGCAUUCCGUUUUUGAAUUGCAAGUUGACGUUGCUAAAAUUAUUAUGGCUGAUAUUGGUGACACAAAGGAGAGCGUCUUUCGCAAGUUGGAACUACUGUCGUUGUUACCCAGGACUCGAGCAAAGCGUCUACUCAAUCAGUGGUUGCACCCAAUGAGCUUCAUGCUGAGAGCCAGGGAGCACGCAGCUAACAUUCUAUCUGGCGAGCUAUGUCAGUCUCGCAACAGGCUUCCUCAGCAUCGACAUCAUCAUAACGGCAUAUCAGCGUUUCCUUCUACGGACCGACUUUCUCCGCUCGAUACAUUUCUUGAUUUACUCACGGCCAAAGCCAGUCUUACAGAAUUGGAUUUUGGACUACUUAUUGAGGCCACAGUUACGUCAACUGAAGAUUUUCUGUAAGGUGAUAAAAAUUUGGUGAUAAAUUCUGUAAAUGAUUUUACGAUUUACUGCAGAAGUAUUCCUAUUGUUUUCUUUUUGUUAAUUUUAUGUAUAUUAUUGUUGACUGUACACGAACGAAAACGUUUAUAUUACGUUUAAAAUAUUUUCGUGUAUCACCUAAAUACUUACGAUUAUUUUUGUUGACUAUUUAUUAUUGAAUUUUGAACAAUAAAUUUACAAAUCAAGACAAA